AUGGUUUCGACUUUGUUAACAACCUCUCUAGCUGAAAACAAGCGACGGAAAAGAAAAUUCAUAUCUAUCUAUCUAUCUAUGUAUUCCUCUCUUUCUAUCUGCCUGUCUUCUUUUGGUUGUUAUGUAUAUAUCUACAGUAGUUCCUAUCUAUCGAUCUAUAUGACUUUAGUUCAUUUCUUUUCAUUUUAUCAGUCUGCCCGUCUAUCUAUCUGUAUAAAUACUUUUCUUUAUAAUUAUUUUUUUACUUCUUCUCUCUCUAAUUCUUUUUGUCAUCUAUCUAUUUUUAGUUCUUAUUUAUCUAGUUUAGUUCGUAUCUAUCUACGCAUAUUUUUUCUUAUAUGUAUCUAUCUAUCUAUCUAUCUAUCUAUCUAUCUAUCUAUCUAUCUAUCUAGUUCAUAUCUAUCUAUGUUAUCUGUUUAUUUCUCGUUUUCAUCUGGCUGGCUAUCUAUCUAUCUAUCUAUCUAUCUAUUUCAAUAUUUCAUAUCUAUCUAUCUAUCUCAGUCUUUUCAUAUCAGUCUGUAUAACUAUCUAUCUAUCUAUCUAUCUAUUUCAGUUUUUUCAUAUCUAUCUAUAUAUCUCAGUGUUUUCAUAACAGUCUCUAUAUCUAUCUAUCUAUCUGUCACAGUCUUUUCAUAUCUAUCUAUCUAUCUAUCUAUCUAUCUAUCUCAGUCUUUUCAUAUCUAUCUAUCUAUCUAUCUAUUUCAUUUUUUUCAUAUCUAUCUAUGUAUCUCAGUCUUUUCAUACCAGUCUGUAUAUCUAUCUAUCUAUCUAUCUAUCUAUCUAUCUAUCUAUCUAUCUAUCACAGUCUUUUCAUAUCUAUCUAUCUAUCUAUCUAUCUAUCUAUCUAUCUAUCUAUCUCAGUCUGCACCUUAUCUAUCUAUCUAUCUAUCUAUCUAUCUAUCUAUCUAUCUAUCUAUCUAUCACAGUCUUUUCCUAUCUAUCUAUCUAUCUAUCUAUCUAUCUAUCUAUCUAUCUAUUUCUGUUUUUUUCAUAUCUAUCUAUGUAUCUCAGUCUUUUCAUACCAGUCUGUAUAUCUAUCUAUCUAUCUAUCUAUCUAUCUAUCUAUCUAUCUAUCUAUCUAUCUAUCUAUCUAUCUCAGUCUUUUUAUAUCUAUCUAUCUAUCUGUCUCUGUCUUUUGAUAUCUAUCUAUCUAUCUAUCUAUCUAUCUAUCUAUCUAUCUAUCUAUCUAUCUAUCUAUCUAUCUCAGUCUUCUAUCUCAUCUAUUUCAUAUUCAUCUAUCUAUCUAUCUAUCUAGAAAUCUAUCUAUCUAUCUAUCUAUCUUCCAUCUAUUUCAUUUUUUUUUUCACAUCCAUCUAUGUAUCUCAGUCAUUUCAAUACCAGUCUAUCUAUCUAUCUUUCAUCUAUCUAUCUAUUAAAUCUAAUAUUAUCUAUCUAUCUAUCUAUCUAGCCUGA